UCAGCCUCAUUCGUUACUACGGCGACGGAGAAAGAUGCCAGAACCGGCGAAGUCUGCCCCGAAGAAGGGCUCUAAGAAAGCGGUGACCAAGAGCACCGGAAAGGGCGGCAAGAAGAGGAAGAGGACCAGGAAGGAGAGCUACGCUAUCUACGUGUACAAGGUGUUGAAGCAGGUCCAUCCCGACACCGGUAUCUCGUCCAAAGCCAUGGGCAUCAUGAACUCCUUCGUCAGCGACAUCUUCGAGCGUAUCGCCGGUGAGGCCUCCCGCCUGGCUCACUACAACAAGCGCUCCACCAUCACCUCCAGGGAGAUCCAGACGGCCGUCAGGCUGCUGCUGCCCGGUGAGCUGGCCAAGCACGCCGUGUCUGAGGGUACCAAGGCCGUCACCAAGUACACCAGCUCCAAGUAAACAAAUUGAUUAUCUACAACACAACGGCUCUUUUAAGAGCCACACACCAUAUUGGCGGAGCUUUAGAUCCACUUCGAGCUGUGUCAGAACUGUGAUCUAUAGGACCAAAUGCUAAGUAGUUUCAUAUUCUCUUAAAGAUGACGUUAAUCUAAAUACACUUUGUGUUAAGCUGACUGCUUUCGUUAUUGUAUUUUCAUGGAUCAUUAACAGAAGAUUUACAACUCAAAGUUGUCACUGAUUUAGCAAAAACAGUGCCUGUGAUUCUGUCAUUGAAAUACAUUUGAUUCAACAACGAACUGUUGCUGGACUACUCAGAAUAUUUAAGUGUAAAAUAAUGGCUCUCAUAAACAAUACAGAUUCUCAGCUGAGGGAAAAUGCUAUAUCUCCAAGCAAAUAAUCACGAUCAUCCACGACACAAUGGCUCCUAUAAGAGCCACACAUUUGAUCUGCAGAGCUGUAGAUCCAAUUUCAACUGUAUG